GAGCUGAGCUGCCUCUGAUUUUUCUCUUUCUGCGAAUUGUUUCAUAGUAAAUCAUCAUCGAUUAAAGGCGAAGCAAACCUCCAAAACUAGGUGCCAAAAAUGUCUACAAGCAUGGCCCACCACUCUCACCAAUUCAUCUACCUCUCUCCCUAAAAAGUAACUGCGGAUGGAGUGCCAAUUUAUGUAUCACAAUCUACACGCACUCCUUUGCCAGAGCACGCAUUUAGAGCGUCACCCUCGCAAAAAGCGAAUACCAGAAAGGAGUUUAUUCGGAAGCGUGUGUGUUUUCUAGGCUCCUCACUUGCUUUUCAAACUGAAUAAAGCUCGUGUUUUUUCGACUCCCUUUUGGAAAUCAUCGAGGCCCUUUUCGCUUCAGAGUUUCUGCAAGGCAUUGUAGGUUGCUUGGUUAGAACUCAUUGCAACAGCUCCUGGUGGGAAAUGAGUUGUUGUCAUCAGUUAUGGAUCUGUUGAUUGGAGUUUUAGCAUUGGCACAUUUAUCUUAUUUUGUGGCUCCUGAUGCACAAGGGGAUGCAUUAUAUGCUUUGAGGAAGUCACUAAAUGCUUCAGACAAUCAGCUCGCAGAUUGGAAUAGCGAUCAAGUUAACCCUUGCACUUGGUCCAAAAUUACAUGCAACAGUAACAACGAUGUCAUAUCAGUGACAUUGCCUAACAUGGGAUUUUCUGGAACCUUAUCACCGAGAAUAGCAAUUCUGGAGAUGCUGACUACACUCAAAUUGCCCGGAAAUGGUAUAAGUGGUAAGAUACCCGAAGAGUUUGGCAACUUGACGAGCUUGACCAUGUUGGAUCUGGAAAAUAACCAUUUAACAGGAGAAAUACCAUCAUCGCUAGGCAAUAUUAAGGGGCUCAAAUUUUUGAUCUUAAGUGAUAAUAAUCUCUCUGGAUCAAUUCCCAAAUCACUUUCAAGUCUUUCCAACUUGACGGACCUCCAGCUCGAUUCAAAUAGGCUGAGCGGAAAAAUUCCGAAGGAUUUGUUUCAGAUUUCUAAACAUAAUUUCACAAAGAACUGGUUGGACUGUGACGUCAUUUCUUCCCCGCCUUGUGCAUCUGAAAACACAGGUGAUCCAAGGAAAUCGAGAACUGGCUUGAUAUUGGCAAUUGUGGUUCCGCUGUUUACUGUCUUUUUACUUGGAUUUUCUGUCCUGUUAUUCACGUGGAAAGGCUGGACUAUAGGCUACGGGCGUGAAGUUUUUGUUGAUGUUGCAGGCGAUGUGGACCAGAAAAUUGAAUUUGGUCAGUUGAAGAGGUUUUCUUGGAGAGAACUGCAGGUGGCUACGGACGGUUUUAGUGAAAAGAAUGUCCUCGGGCAGGGGGGCUCCGGAAAGGUUUAUAAAGGGAUUCUUGGUGAUAAGACGAAAAUUGCUGUUAAACGCAUAAUGGAUUUUGAUACUCCCGGGAGCGAUACAGCGUUUCAGUGCGAGGUCGAGAUGAUAAGCGUGGCUGUUCACAGAAACCUUUUGCGUUUGAUUGGAUUCUGCACCACUCCAACCGAACGCCUUCUCGUUUACCCUUUUAUGCAAAACUUGAGUGUUGCCUCUCGUUUGCGAGAACCGGGGCACCCUGUAUUGGAUUGGAUCACGAGAGAAUCGGUGGCAUUAGGCACAGCACGUGCACUAGAGUACCUCCACGAGCACUGCAAUCCCAAGAUCAUUCACCGUGAUGUUAAAGCUGCAAACGUGCUGCUAGAUUCCAAUUUGCAGGCUGUUGUUGGCGAUUUCGGCUUGGCCAAGCUGGUCGACGUCAGGAAAACCAACAUCACGACGCAAGUGCGUGGAACAAUGGGCCACAUAGCUCCUGAGUACUUGUCAACCGGAAAAUCCUCAGAGAAGACCGACGUUUUUGGCUAUGGAAUCAUGCUUCUGGAGCUCGUCACUGGCCAGCGAGCCAUAGAUUUUUCGCGCAUAGAAGAAGAAGACGACGUUUUGCUUCUCGACCAUGUGAAGAAGCUGCAGCAGGAGAGUAAGCUAGAGGACAUUGUGGACAGCAAUCUAGCGAGGAACUACGACAUCGAGCAAGUCGAGAUUAUGGUUCAGAUAGCUCUACUCUGCACCCAAUCUACCCCCGAGCAGCGCCCAGCGAUGUCUGAGGUUGUGCGGAUGCUGGAGGGAGAAGGGCUCGCGGAGAGGUGGGAGGUGUGGCGGAACUUUGAGAAGAUUCGGAAGCUCGAAAACGAGAGGCUGCAGAGGAGAUUCAACUGGGGAGAGCAUUCAAUCAACCUCCAGGAGGAUAUUGAGUUGUCUGGGGGAAGAUGAGAUGAUCAGGUUUAUUACUACUAGUUUUCUGCUAAUAAUCAUUUGGAUUAAUCAAAUUAUUUCAGAUAAUCCUGUUCUUGUCUGUAUUUUUUCAUUACAAAUCUGUCCCAUAAUGUUUGGACAUUUUGCCAAGAUUAAGAUAUUACUUUCUCAUUA